GCCCUCGCCUCGGCCCGUCUCGCGAGAGAAACACGAAAAACGCUUUCAAACGAAUACCCAGAUAUUUUUUUUUUUUUGCCGCACCACGUGCGCGCGUAGGACACGGUGAAUAAUCGACACGUGAAGGACGCGAUUAGGUGCGUACGCCCAAUACAACGGGCCAGUAUAAAAUCCCGUCGUCCGUACGAAAUUUAAAUACACCGCGCGGAUACGUCUCCGACGUACACCGGUGCACGUGCGUUAUUAUAGUCGUCCGCUGCUGUUACACGGUGUUUUGAUGGUGUAGUUGUCGCGCAACGGUACCGGUUUUACGCUGCAGCGGUAAACUUUGCGAGAAAAUGAUUCGUUCUCCGUCCGCCGUACGGGUGUGUUGCUGGUGGUUGCUGUGGUGGUGCUGCGCAUGCUUCGCGCACGCCGCGAGCCCCGUCGUCAGCCCGACUCAACGGCGACCCGUCGACCCGGUACUGGCCGCGCUCGGCCGCACCCGAGUGCUCGGCCCGUCGUACCAGCGGAAGGCGGCCUCGGUGUCGGGCACGGCGCAAUCGGGCUCGGGCCUCGGGCAGGCGAGCGCGGGCUACGGACAGGCGGGCUACGGACAGACGGGCUACGGGCAGACGAGUGCCGGGAACGGGCAGCAGCCGCCGAGCGACCAGGACACGUCAGACACGAUUGGUCUCAACAUCGGGCUGGGCUUCGGACUGGACUCGCCGUUGAUCGACACGCUGCUGGACCGGCUGAUCCGGCGCAAGCAGAUACUCAUGGCCGCGGCCGCGGCCGCGUACCCCGGCCUCGGCUGGGGUCUAGGCGCUACCGGUGGCGUGGGCUCUGGUUACUAUCCCAACGUCGGCGCAAUAUACCCGUUCGGCGGCGGCGGCGUCGGCGGCGGCGGCGGCGGCGGCGGCGGUGGUGGUGGCGGUGGAGGCGUCGGCCCGUGGAACAGGCCGGGCCCGUACCCGUUCCCCUCGUUCGUACCGUCCGUCAACCCGUUCGUGACGGGUGGCGGCGGCUGGGGCACGUUUGGCAAUGGAGGUCUCGGCGGUGGUGGCUGGGGCUCGUUCGGCGGCUUCAACCCACUGUUCGACUACGACGACUUCGCGUUCAAGAACAACAACGGCCACGAGUGACCGCACGGCCCUUGUCGAACACGCACCCACGUGACGAAAGGGUUUUCUCCAAACUCUCACUCCCUCUGCCCUCGCCCAUGCGAACUAAUUAUUGUAACAAUGCGUUGUCGAAAACGAACACGCGAAAAAUAUUCCACCAUAACUAAAAAAACAUUUACAUGAUAAUGCCUCGUAAAGCGUAAUGUGUUCCCGUAUGUAAAUUUGACAUUAAAUAUUUGACGACAAGUAUUUUUUACCGAAAUUAUCAUGACAAUCUAUCGUUCCUCGUACAUCAAUAAAAUGUUUAAAUCUGUAGAAACGUCUGAUAAAUCAAAUCUCUGAAAAAAAAUUAUGCAUCAACCGUAUACAUUUUUUUAAUUUUUUUUUUUUUUUUUUAAACAAUUGUAUAAACUUAAAUAGUAACUCGAUGCUUUUGUCACAAAUUCACAACCCUUAAGAAUUAUUUUCGUAUAACGUUGAAUACGACGAGUUCGUUUUUUUUUUUUUCAUGAACUGAGAGUUCAUUUAAUAUUUUGUAAUAUUUAUGUUUAUUAUUUAUUUUUUUUAUACGAUCGAACAAUUGAUAUUUGAAAAAAAAACCAAACCUUCCAUCGAACCGAUUAUAACUAGCGUGUAAAUAAUAAUACGUGCAUCAGGUUUUUAAGUAUUUAAAAAAAAAUAAAAUACAACGAUCGAUUCUUAUAAAAGUUAUUAUAAUUUUUUAAUUUCAUGCUUAUUGUACUGAAAUCGUAAGUAAAAAAUGAGGAUACGUGUUCCUCGCGUGUGUUCACACGGUUUUCUUGUCGACAAUGUAACAAUAUUAUGUACAUCAUGCUUUUUCUUUGACGUUUACCCGAACGGUGUAGAUUCACUCGUAUUUUAUGAAUAAUCACGGUAACGCUCAUCAAUAUUAUAUUCACCAUUUUUCCUCGUGUUCGGCGGCGAUAUUAAUUUAGUUUAUGGAUUUUUAUAUAAAUAUACAAGGUAAGACGAAACAAUACGAAUCGCAACUAUAUAAUAUAUAUACCCGUAGACAUUAAGAAUAAUAAUAAUAAACUUUUGUGUUGUGAUAAAAACGAUAAUAAAGAAAAAAUGUUUGACUAUGUUGCGUUUCAAUUUUUUUGGUGUACGUUUUUAGUGCAUCAGAACGCAAAAUUCUCAAUAGGCUAUUAAUGAUUUAACGGUAAAUCUUAAAAGACUCGGCGAAAAAUUAGGUGAAUUGAACGGGGGUGUUGGCGGUUUAUUUCCUUGGAGCGGUCGUCCCGUGCGAAAUGUGAAACCAACGGUGACCGGGUUUGAACCGGCUGGUACUGCGAAUCCGAUGAGUCGUCCGGGCAGCCUAUUUACGUUCUAUACAUGUACUCGGUGCUAAAUCAACGUAUAGUCCGGAGUAGUAAUUUCUGUUCCGUUUUAUACACGAGUUCGGCACUUCAG